GGUCUAAAAUAAAAAAAAACUGUGGCCGGCUGUCAAUGUCAAGUGCGUGAAUGUUAUGCUUUAUUUUAUAUAUUUAAUUUUACACAUUUAUGUAAAAUAGAAUCCAACAAUCUGAUUACAGAAAACUCUUCUCUUCGACUAUGUCUAUAACAACGCUGUAUUAUUUGCAACUUAAGAAAGAAAAUGCUCAUGAUGAUGCGAUAUGGUGCUGCAGCUGGAGUCAAAUAAGUCAUGAAAAGAAUAAAGAAGUGAGUGACAAUGCUGAAAAUAUUGAAAACUCACAAGAUUCAAAUCACUCGCAAGAACCACCAGAGAACUAUAUUAUAACGGCAGGAUUGGAUGACAUAAUCAAAGUGUGGCAACUGGAGAAUGGAAAGUUAGAAGUCAAACAUCAGUUGGAAGGUCACUCUCUUGGUGUUAUAUCAGUGGUUGUUAGUCCAGAUGGAAAAACCCUAGCCAGCAGUUCCCAAGACUCCUCCCUGAUACUGUGGGACAUUGCAUCAGGAGAGAAAAUAAAGACCAUGGAGACAGAAAACAUUGAUGUCUGGACACUGGACUUUUCCCCCGAUGGCAAGCAUGUCAUCUCUGGCAGUAAUGCUGGCAAAAUACUGAUAUUCAGUGUAGAGAGUGGCAAAGAGGAACAGACAUUGGAUACAAGAGGGAAAUUUACACUUACUGUAGCUUAUAGUCCAGAUGGCAAAUACAUAGCAAGUGGAGCUCUGGAUGGUAUAAUAAACAUAUUUGACGUAGCCCAAGGGAAGCUCGUACACACUCUAGAAGGCCACGCCAUGCCCAUAAGAAGUCUGUGCUUCUCACCUGAUUCACAGCUUCUGCUCACAGCAUCUGAUGAUGGACAUAUGAAGCUUUAUGAUGUUGUACAUGCAAAUUUGGCUGGAACAUUAUCUGGACAUGCAUCUUGGGUGUUAUCUGUUGCAUUUUCACCUGACGGCAAGAGAUUUGUGUCCAGCAGUUCAGACAGAACUGUACGGGUCUGGGACCUGGAUAGUAUGGAAUGUCAACAUGUUUUCAAAGAACAUAGCGAUCAGGUUUGGGGUGUGAAAUUUAAUGCAGAAAGCAAUAAAAUUAUAUCAAUAUCAGAGGAUAAAUCACUCAAUAUAUAUGACUGCCCAUUAUAAAAAUCAGAAGAAUUACUAAUUAAAAUACUAUAGCAAACA